CGCAGAGAAACCGGGGGGCAGAGAAUUUGACGCUGGCGUCCCCGCCCUAGACGUAGGCUUUGGGCCCAGGCCUCCGAGUUUCGCGACGCCGCUGCCGCUCCGUCAAGGGACCUGCCUGGAGGCGCUCCGAGCGCGCCCCGCAGCCUAGUGUAAUUUGGCGCAGGGCUGGCAGGCUGCGCCUCCCGGGCGGCUGUACCCCGAGUCCGCAGAGCGCCCGCAGGCUGCACCCCGGCGACCGAGAGCCUGGCGCUGCGUGCGGCGGUCGGCGGGCCCGGUGGGCGCGGGGCCCGGACUGCGCAGGCUGCGCGCUGGGCGGCGGCGUCCCGCCUAGGCCGGGACUUCCUUCCUCCGCGCAGACCGCGGAGCCGCCCGGCCGCCGGCGCUGAGGUCGCGGUCGCUGCGGGGCGCGGGGCGCGGCCAUGGGCUCCGUGCUGAGCAGCGACAGCGGCAAGUCGGCGCGCGCCUCGGCCACCCCGCGGGCCCUGGAGGGCAGCGCCCACCCCGAGCUGCCCGUCACGUCCUUCGACUGCUCCGUGUGCCUCGAGGUGCUGCACGAGCCGGUGCGGACCCGCUGCGGCCACGUAUUCUGCCGCUCCUGCCUCACCACCAGCCUGAGGAGCAGUAAGUGGACGUGCCCCUACUGCCGUGCCUAUCUUCCUUCAGAAGGGGUUCCUGCAACUGACGUAGCCAGAAGAAUGAGGUCGGAGCACCAGGACUGCGCUGAGUGUGGCAGCCUGGUUUGCCUCAGUGAAAUGAGGGCGCACAUCAAGACUUGUCAGAAGUACAUAGAGAAGUACGGACCACUCCAAGAACUCGGGGAGACGGCAGCAAGGUGUGUGUGCCCGUUCUGUCAGAGGGAGCUGGAUGAAGACAGCCUGCUGGACCACUGUGUGACUCAUCACAGAUCGGAGAGGAGGCCUGUGUUCUGUCCACUUUGUCACUUAAUACCUAAUGAGAAUCCAAGCAGCUUCAAUGGCAGUUUAAUAAGACAUUUGCAAGUCAGUCACACUUUGUUUUAUGACGAUUUCAUCGAUUUCAAUAUAAUUGAGGAAGCUCUCAUCCGAAGGGUCUUAGACCGAUCACUUCUGGAAUAUGUGAAUCACUCAAACACCACGUAAUUCUAUUAAAAGGAGAGGGAAGGGGACCAUACAGUUGUGCCAUUUGUUGAGAUGCUGCUUGAACCAUUGGAGGGAAAUUGUCAAUGUCUGAUGGGCAAAAAUGUGUAACACAGUUAUAUGUCCAUGUUUGUUGUUAUACUGCAUUUUAGAACUGCUUUUAUUUUGGUGGUUUAAAUCUGUUCUACAUUCUUGAGCUUCUUAGCCACUUAACAAAAAAUAGCCUCCAUCAGCAAUUGAUACAUGGAAGAGAGUGGCUGGGUAUGUGGGUGAAGGAUCUUUAUUUGAAAAUUGGCUGACACUGUGUAAUGCUACAUAUUAAUAACUAUUAUCUAGUUGCACAAGAUAACAUACUUGUUCUAUGUAAAAAGGUGGAGAAUGAAACAAAGUGUAGACACACAGGAAAACAUGAAAUCUGUUCCAGCGCUCAUGUUCUGUUGUCUAAUAGAAGAACACAAAUAACCUUGUACAGGAGUAGGGAAGGAAAAUUUUUGAAGUCUACAAAAUCCAUUUAACCAAAUUUUUUAACAUAAUACUGUAAAAAAAUCAGUUUUGUGUUAGGAAUGUAUACUUAAUUCUUUGGCUUUUUAUAGCUAUGCACAGUAAAAAUUUAAUAUUAUAUUUUUCAAAUAUUUAUAGCUUAUUAUUUAGAAAUAUUUCUGUAAUCUAGGUAAUUUCAUAAGAACCUGCAGCUGAUAUUCACAAUAGGAGUAUUCACAUCCAUAAUAUUUGGUGGAAAAUUCUAAGGGCUUUAAUUUUUUUACCCUUUAGAAAAAUUAUAAAAAAUACUGAAAACCAUAUAUAUAGCUUAUUACAUCAUUCUAAGGAAACACUGUUAGAAAUCUGCAAGCCACCCUGGAUGUCUUCUGUGUGUCCUGUCACAGGUAAUAACCCCCUUUCCCAGCCUCACAGAAGCAGCCACUACAUUGAUAUCCAUAGUAAUCAACUCCUUGCAGCUCUUCAUUAUCACCCAGGUGUGUGUCUUGCAUGCUGUAUUUCAAUCUCACCCAUUUAACAUCAUUGUAUUGAUAUAUUUCUCACAUCUCUUUUUAACCUACAGAUUUCCCUUCUUUCCUUUCCUGAAAAUUUACCAGUGGAAGAACCCGGUCAGAUGACCUGCAGUUCCCCACAAUCUGAAUGCUCAUGGAGCAGUUCAGUGUAUUCUGUCCUCUGGAUAUUGACACAUGGAUCCAGAUUUGUUUAGAACUCAAAUCCAGGUCUGAGCAGAACUCAGGUUCAGUCCUUCUGGCAAGACUGUAGGUCAUGGUGUUUUUUUCAUCAGAGGGCACAUAGUGUCUGGUUCUCUUGUUUGUGACAUCAAUUGAAAUUCAUAGCCAAAGCCUAGAUCUCUUGAUUUACUGUGGGUUGGAGGAUGUUCUGACUCUAUCACUUGUUUUUUCUUUUAUUAGUUGGAUUUUUCUGAAGAAAUGCUUCCCCAAAUCUAUUUGCUUAACCAAUAGUAAAGUUCGUAUAGGAAAGGGAAAGUAAAUAUUUGAAUUUUCCUUUUAUUUACCAGUUUUCAAGGUAAUAAACUUGUUUCCUAUCAGCUUCCAGAGAUUUUUCUAGUAUUAAGAAUUCAUGGAUUCAAACAUAUUUGAUAGGCUUCAGUCCAUUGCAAAUACUGCUUUAGUGAAACUCGAAUUAUUCCAUCUUUGGCCUUGGGAACCUCAUCAAGCCGGCUCUGUCCUUUUGGCCGUACCCUGGAAGUCUUUAAUGGCUUCCUUGCCAUCUCAUGUGACAGGAUAGUCCAGGCUUGCCUUGGACGUUUACUGCUCCAUACCUGGAAUCAGCCAUUUCUCUAUGAAGCUUGGUUACUUUUAGUGAAAAAUGGUAUUUCCAAACCAUAAGCAGGCCUCUAAGGAUGCACAUUGCUAUCAGAUGGGUCAUUGUUUCUAGGGGAGAGCUGGGAAAUAUCUAACUUUUUAAGAUAAACUACUUCAUGAGUUUAUGUUGAUACUUCCAAAUCAAAUUGAGUGCUAUAGGGUUUUUACCUCAUCCUUUCUGUUAACACUGUAUCUCCAUUUUUCUAUACUGAGAAUCCUGCUUUUCAAGGACACAGCAUGACCGAAGUAGAACAUCCCACAAUUGUCCCUUUCUUUUACCUAUUUACACAUGCAACAGUCUCAGAGUAGCAGUAGUACAACUGCUGCCUAUACGAUAACCAAUACCAUUAAAAUAUUUUCAUUUGUUUUCCCCCUAUUUUUUAAAAUCAUACUAUGUCAACAUUUUGUGGACAUUGCUGUGACCUUCACUCUCUCCCUUUGUCCCACAUGUAGUUGCAGUUAUUCAAGUUGCGGUACAGUCAGGUCUUGCCAUCAGUCUUUACUUGUUGGCUUUGACUGUUUUUCAUAUCUGACUCUGUAGAAUCCAGGAUGUAGAAUAAUGUCUCCCUCUUGAAAGAGGCAACGAGACUAGGAAGACUAGUGAUAUCUCCUGAGGGAGACUGUUAUUUGCCUGUAGUCAGCUUUUUAAUUGUAAUCAUUUAUAAACAUCUUUGUUCCUCACACAUAAAUGUAGUUGUCAUCACGGUGACCAACAUUUUGUACAAUAAAUUAUCCAUGACUUUGAAAAGUCUUGCUUACUAUUCUGCCAUCUACUACAAGGUAAUUAGAAAAACAAAACUGGAUGAAAUCUAGAGGGCCUUAUUUCCUGCCUUUCAGAUACUGGUUUCAAGCUUCAUUUUCACAGCUGCAAAUAAGUAACAACAGACUUUUAGUUUCACAGCCUCUCUCCUCCAGUCUGGAUGGAUCAUCCAGUAAGUGAAACCUGCUGGAAUCGUGCAUGUGGAAAGGAGUUACUCAGAGGUAAUCAGACUGAAAAUCUAGUCUCUGAAAAAUAAAAAACGUAUUUCUAGGUAUUAGUAUGACUACCCAGAAAAAUUAAUCUUCUUUAGUUGAGAGCAAAUACAAAAAGCAUCUUUAAAUGUGUAAAACUUGAAAGAAAAUUCCAAAACUAAAAAACGUAUUUUACAUAAAGGUUUGAGUCACCGACCAUUGUUAACCUCAGUGCCCCAAUUCUGCAUCCUGUCCCUGGAUCUUAUAAUUUUGCCACCUACAGGACAAAUGAGGUGCUGGCCACCCAAAUUAUUUUGUCUUCUGAAUUUGAGUUCUAAAAUAGUGAAAUGCAAAUACUCAUUGUCUCACUAUGCCUUUUACCUUUUAUAAAAAGGAAUUUAUAACUCAUGGUUCUAAAUAUUGAAAACUGUAAAACCAUCAUGCUCUAUACCUUAAACUUUAUACACUGAUGUAUGUCAAUUAUUUCUCAGUAAAACUGGGGAAAAAAAUGAAAACCAUUAUUUGAAGCUGUUCACUAACAUACAAGUUUCACUCACUUUCUUUAUAAGCACCCCAAGAUCCAGCUUUUUCAAGGCCUUAUAAGGGAAAAACCGAUUCACAUGUUAUUGUUCAAAAGCUGAAUUCUUCUUACCCUACAAAAACCUAUAUAUAUCUUCAUGUUUUUUCACCCAAGUUUCUAAAAUGCAGCUUGAAAAAUUGGGUUGUGAGUCUGUAGUAGAGAGUUCCAGAUCAGACCUCCUAAGAGGCCCCGUCUCCCAUGGUGUUGCUUCAUUCUUUUCCUGGGUGCUAGAGUGUCUGUGAUUUUGAAGUGUGCUUCCUCCAGUUACUGAAUGUUUAUCAUACCAUAAUUUGUACCUUCAAACAUCGGAGCUGUUUAAAAAAUUCACGUAAAGAUGCAUUCUUAUUCACCCACAACAGCCAAUCUAUAACGAUCAGAAUUUAAAAUGCACAAUUCUUUUUCUGUUGUAAAUAUGUAUUAAUAUGAGAAAUAAAGAAUGGCAGGACCAUUGCUUUCAUGAAAA